AUGAAGUUCUCCAUCCUCCCCUCCAUCGUCUUCCUCGCCUUCACAACUGGCGCCCUUGCAGCUCCCAAACCCAUCCUCAUCAACGCCAGGCAAAACUCCCAGCCCCCACUCACAAACCCCAAUCCAAACGCCUCUCUCCAACCUUUUCUCUCCUCCACCUCCUGCUCCGGUCCGCCCUCGCAGGUCGUGAUUCCCGUCUCCUACGCCACUUUGUCCCCGGAUACCACUCUCUCCCAAGGAUGUUAUGAAUUUAUCGACAGCGGUGUGUCGACGCCCGUCCAGUCGGUCAGGAUCACGGGUGUCUGGCCGGAGGCGAAUAAGUGCCUGCUGAGGUUUUAUGAGGAGGCGGGUUGCGCUGCUGAAAGCGCGUUUGGGACGGUGGCGCCGAAUACUUGUGGGAGCUUUGUUGGGGGGAGGGGUAUUGGCAGUUAUCAAGUUGUUUGUCAGAGCACUUAG